AUGGCCCCAAGUGACUCAGAUGAUCCCUGGGCUUCGUGGGCCUCUUACAAUUCGUCCCCAGCUCCCGGUGAAACUGCAGAAGCUUCUCAGACAUCCACACCGGGAGAUCCGGCCAGUGCGAGCACUGGCAAUGACGGGCCGGGGCAGACACCUGCUUCAACCUGGUCCUAUGAUUACUCGUGGGAUUCUUCUUCGAAUCGACAGUCUUGGGGUAGCUAUGCCUAUCCAAACUGGGGUGAUGCUUGGGGACAGUCUUCAUGGGAUCGCUAUGGGUGGUGGUCUCAGCCGGGGACUGGAAGUUACGGGCAUCAAUGGUGGAGUUCUCCGGGCUCAUGGGGUAGAUGGGCCAAUGAUCGUGACGACUCAGGCCAUUUGGGUUCUGAGUCAGACAAGCAGCAGAGCUCAGACACCUCUGCAGAAGCCGGCUCCCAUUCAUCGGAGGGUUCAGCGAGAGCCCAUGAACCGAUGGGAUCCAAUGAUUCAGAAGACGCAGGCGAGAAGUUUCGCCGACAGGCAUCAGCCGGCACUGCAGAGGAAACGACAGCGACAAGAUCCUCGACUUCCACGCCGCCCGUGGAAGUGACACCGGAGGCCAAGGGGUUCGGUGAGAAGAUGUCAGUUCCCACCUUCGACGCGGAGGGGACUGGAGAUGAGCUAGGAACAGGUGCGAGAUCAUACCUGCGACAGGUGGCCGCGUGGUGCCGCGUGACUCGCACGCCCCCACAUCAGCAAGCUUUGGUUCUGUAUCAGCACUUGUCGGGCAGAGCAUGGGUUGAGGCGGAAGAAUUGGCGGUUGAAGAUCUCUCAGGGCCACGGGGUGUCGAAGUCUUCAAGGCCUGGAUUCAAGAACGAUAUCAAGAAGUUGAGGUCAGUAAGAUAGCCGAUGCUUUGACUACAUUCUUUCGCCGUCUUCGUAGACAGCAGAAUCAAUCUGUCCGCGAGUUCAACUCGGCUUUCGACAGGGCGCACACCCGCCUCCUUGAGAUAGACUGCAAGCUCCCAGAAGUGGCACGGGCUUGGGCUUACUUAUCUUCGUUGGGGCUAACAAGCACUGAGGAGCUGAGUUUGUUGGCUAGCGUCGGGAAUGAGUACUGUACCUCCAAGCUUCAGAAAGCCGCCGUCCUUCACGAGAAGUCAUUGAAGCCCCCUUGGCAGCCCAAGCGGCCCUUCAUCGAUCCCAAGACCGGCAAGCCUGGGAAUGUUCGUGGUGCUUAUCUUGCUGGUGUUGAAGAAGAUGAUGACCCUAGCCCUCCAGGUGCUGAUGAUGAUACCGAGAGUGUCUAUCCCGAGGAAACCGCCCAAGCCCUAUGUGAAGCCUACGUUGCCCAGGAAACCGCCAAAGCACGGUACAGAGAAGUCGCGAAAUCCCGAGGGGUUGACUUCUCUCGGCUUUCAGGGCAGCCGGGCGAAACCAAGCCGUUCUCCGAGGACCAGGCCAGGGAGCGACUUCAGGCUGCGAAAAGCAGGUCGUAUUGUGCAGGGUGCCGUAGACGGGGACAUUGGCACAAAGAUCCGGAAUGUCCUUUAAAUCAGGCUUCGGGAGCUAACGGUUCGGCUAAGGGAUCACCCCCAAAGACCGCGCAUGUCACUGACUCCAACGAUGGGAACCAGUCCUCGGUCGUCCAGGUUGCAUUCGAGGUUGGGGCCUACGAGGGCGGUUCACUUUUGGCCAUCACUGAUACUGCAUGCAGUAAGACGGUAGCUGGACAGCAGUGGUUGGAUCAGUACCUCAGGGCCGCUCGCGAGGCAGGCCUCGAGACUCAGCUCAUCAACACGGUUGAUGAUUUCCGCUUUGGGGCUUCAAAGCUGUUCCGGGCGACCUUCACUGCCACGAUCAUGAUUAAGGUUUACAAUCGGGUCUUCCUUGUCAGGGCUUCCAUCGUGCAGGGUGACGUUCCUCUUCUGCUGAGCAAACGGGUGUUGAGUGGAUUGGGUAUGCUAUAUGAUGUCGAGCUCGGGAGUGCCACUUUCAAACAUCUCGGAAUCAAGGAUUACCAGCUUGCCGCUACCGAGUCAGGUCAUCCGGCAAUUGUCGUUCGUCCUCAGAGCAUUGCAGGUUUUCAAUUUCCGACGCCCGAAGAGUGGGCCGGUGACGAGUUGCGCAUCCUUCCGCAGUCCGGGAAUCAGUACUCGGUUCACAUGACAUGUGCAAGUGAAGCCGAUCCGAGCGCUGAACCUCCUAAGGCCCAACAGGAACCUGAAAGCACCACUUCGCCUCAACAAGGUAUUGACGGAAGAUCAUCGACGAGAACAGAUACCAAAAUCUUCUACCCCAAGAAGAUCCACGCCUUCGUUGAGAACUUUCUGAGCGCGGAGCCUAUGAACCCAGAUGUGUUUGCCCGAUGGUGGUCUCAGACUAAACUUUCGAAGGAUUUCUGGAUUGAGAAGGGGGACGCUCUCAUUCGGAUUCAUGUCAUUCCGAGGCGAGGGCUGUUUGAUCCAGAAGCAUGGGUUACAUCGCAAUGCGACAUCAAAGCAAAGCUCCUUGGCUCCAUUGGGGUUGUUAGGAGCACGACGGCGAUCAGUUGCGAGUCACAUCACCCAUUACAGAUCCUCCAUGACAUGUGGCAGAGUGAUGCGAAAGGGGCGUACCCAACUCUCUGGGCAAUGGCCAGCAAGGGCGGAGUGAAGAGCCCGUGGAAGAUGACGAAGCAAGAGCUCCUGGACGAGGCCCAGAAACUGGAUUGCCUAGUUCACCACAGCUGGACGGCCGGAGAGGUGCGCCAGGCAGUGAUCGACAAGAUGAAGCAGCGCACCGGCAUCGACAACACACCGAAGGGGCUGUCGCAGAUGUCCCAUGCCCAGCUCCUGGAGACCGCGCAGGAGAUGAAGCUGACUCUUCCCGACAGGCCCACGAAGGCGCAGAUGAUGCGAGCGAUUCGGGACAGUGCGGGGAGUCCGGCGAACACAGUAGUUUCGUUCGGGCGUUUCCGAGGACGGCUCUACCACGAGGUGCCAGAGUCCUACCUGCGCUGGAGCAUUGCCGAGACGGACGCCAAUCGGGACGGCUCCCAGCCGGACCUGAUUCGCCUAGCCAAUUUUGCGAGGAUGAAGUUCAACACGGAGGAGAUCCCCGACCCGGAGGAGACGGCUCAGAUCCCCUACACUCCAUCUCCCGAGGACACGAGAUCCCUCUCGAGCGAGUGGUCGGCGGUUUCCACACGGAUCCUAGAGAACGAGCUUCCCAAGAAGGUCAAGGGGUCAGUCACGGCAAAGGCAAAGGGGUACCCAGAGCCGCCGAAGGACAUGCCGUUCACUCCCGACCCCCAGAUGAUCGCCAAGCGACGCGACCGAGAGUCAGAUUCGAAGCCGCAGCCGAUGAAGCAAGAUGUUCCCGAGGAGGUUCAGGAAGAGAUGAACCAGCUCAUGGCGCGCAUGGCGGCUGGGUUGGAGUACUCCAUACGGCCUCGUGCAGAUCCCGAGGGUUUCGAUGAAGGCCACAUCAAUUCCAAAGACUCGGAGCAGUCUGGAGAUGAUGAGUUUUGUGAUUGUCUGGAAGUUGCAACAGAUGAGCUCGAUGGUUUGUCCGUCGAUGCUUUUGCCCGUCGGCUUUGGCAACAGAAGGACUUCAGUCACGCGAGUUGUGAAAAGAUCCUCCAUCAUGUGUGUACCGAAUGCCAAGCAGCUCGCAAGAGAAAGAUUAACGAGGGGACCGCCAGUGUAGCAUUCGGCGCUUACUCCCACGGCAACCACUACGGAAUCAUCCAGAAGACUUGCGUUUACCCCAAUGUCGUCAUCUACAUCAACCGUUACAUGAAGCAUCACGGUGCUAAGGGGUCAUGGUCUUCGGUACAGCUCGGGUGGAACUGUCCUACGACCCCCCACAAAGAUGUUCACAAUCACGUCGAUUCCCAGAACUGGCUAGACAAGAUCAACAAGUUCGACUUUGUGACGGCACUAUGGCUACAGGCACGGCCGUUGACACCAAGGGUAGAGCUCAUGCUUUUGAUCCAAAGAGAAGACACGGUGUUGAGCAUUGGGAAGGGAACCGAGCAACGAUCACAGUGUACACCACCCGGGGCAUUGGGCAUCUUUCGCGCCAAGAACGUGAUCUGCUCAGGAGCUUUGGCUUUCCUGUUGGCCGAGAUGCUCCUCCCGAUCAACAUGUACGAGAUGAACCUCAACAUUCUGAACAUAGGUAAUGAUCCCUCACGAGCUUGUCUCUUCGAGAUUGGAGGUCAAGACCUCACAUGUGACGUUGCAGAGUCGGGCAGCUCAGUCGUAGAACCCUUAUCCUGGAAAGAUUUUCUUCAGGACGACGACAAGGAAAAGUUCAUCGACACGAUCACCACCCUCAAGCCCCAUGUUGUCUGCGUACAAGGACACGGAAAAGGACCUGAAGCCAUACCUCGCUUGCGUAGGACGGUUGAUGCGCAGAUUGGUGAGGGAGGGAUGUUCGUGUACCAGGAUGAUAUCACCGCGGAGUUUUGGGAGACUGCUUUCCUGGAGUAUCUCGUUGAUGCCUACCCCUGCUCCUUUGAAGAAAAAGAGUCGUCUAGAAUCCUCAAGGUUGGGUCGCAGGUUUGCCAACAUGACUGCUAUCAACCUCCCGACAAUCAGGAUGCGAAUGUGACUAGUCAUGAAGACGGACGGGGAGCACGGAAUGGACAGCAUCCCGACAACAGCGUCAAAGAGAUCAAGUUUGAAGGUAAUGUACCCAAGCAUGUCCAAAGCGCUCUUAUUCGUCUACAUCAAAACCUCGGCCAUCCUUCAGCUCAGGAUAUGGCACGACACUUGCGCUACGUUGGCGCAGACGAACAUGUGGUGAAGGCUUGCAAGAGCUUACGCUGCCAAGUCUGUGAUCGAAAUCGGCAUACCGGGACACCUAGACCAGCCACUUUGCCCUCACUCCUUGAUAUGAACCAACUUGUCAGCAUUGAUGUCUUUCAUGUGUUCGACACCAACCGUGUACGCCAUGAGCUUCUGUCGGUGAUCGAUCAUGCGACUACUUUCCAUCUUGUUUGUAAAAUCGAAGGUCAUAGUGCUGCCGAAUUCGCCAAGAAGUUCACUCAGUUGUGGGGAAACGUGUUUGGGUCUCCAGGCACGAUCUCUGCAGAUUUGGAAACCGGGCUGCAAGCCGGCCUCGCGAAGUACGCUGAGUUCCACGGCUGCAAGAUUAGGUCAGCGGCGGGGCAGGCACACUGGCAGCAGGGAGUGAUUGAGCGGCACGGACUUUGGUUCCAGGAGAUCCUCCAAAGGGUCAUCGAUGAAAAGAGUGUUGGAGCAGAGGACAUUGACCUUGCAAUCCAAGCCUGCAAUAGUGCAAAGAACGAGUUGCGAAGGAGGCAUGGUUUCUCGCCUAAUCAAGCUGUUUUCGGACGUGAUCCCAGGGUCGCUGAAGAGCUUUGCUCAGGCGGAGAUGAAGAAAGAUUUAUUGAACUGAUGUCUCAGGACCGCCAACGGCAGAAGGAAGUCGCGAUCAGGACGGCUGCCCGCAUGGCUUUCUUCAGGACUCAGCUUGAUACCAAGUUCCGUCGUUCACUGCUGCAGAGGGCUCGGGUUAAGCGUGGAGGAUAUCGCGUUGGGGAGCUAGUGUGCUUCUACCGGAUCGAGAAGGUGGCCACUAAGAGAGGACAGUGGCGGGGUCCGGGUACCAUCAUAGGUGCUGAAGGCGGAAAUUGGUGGGUGUCCUUCGCGGGUAGAUGUCAUCUUGUAGCAGAAGAGCACCUUAGACCUUCCACUGCUGAAGAACUCGGUGAUAUCCUCAGCACCAAACUGGCGAGAGAUGACCUUGAAAGGCUCUUGAAUCUGGACUUUGACGAUCCCAGCACCUACCAGGAUGCCUCCGGACCUGAACAAGGGGAUGUUGAUCUUGAUCCCGAACAGCAGUCGCGACAUGACAUUGACAUGGAUUUUCAGUUUGAGCUUGAUCCCGAGGAAAACAUUUUCGACCCCGACAUCGAGAUGCCGCUCGAGGAGGGUGCAAGCGCUAGCAGUGCACCUCGGAGAGAAAGAGGAAGAGAUCCUAGGGGCUCCACCGUCACCGUGAGUAAAAGGGUUCGUACCAAAGGACCGGGCGAGGGAUCACAUUCUGUUCACAUGCUCAAGCGCUGCUAUACCGAACGGUCUCUUGCCAAGCAGUAUGAGAAGGAGCUCCCUUGGAAGGCGAUACCGGAGAGCGAACAUCAGGGUUUUCGUGACGCAGAGGCCAAACAAUUUCAGGAACAUCUUCAACAUCAAGCAUUAGAACCAAUCAGCUUGGAAGAAUCCCGGGCCAUUCGACAACGUGUUGAUCCUAGUCGAAUACUUAGCUCCAGAUUUGCCUACAAAGACAAGAAUUGGGCCCGAAGGAAGCUUGAUGAAACUCUUCCAUGGCGACACAAGGCGAGAUUAGUGAUCGGAGGACACCGAGACCCAGAUGUUCAUACGUUGCAGACGGAUGCGCCUACAAUCAAUCGUCUUUCGGUUCUGACUUUGUUGCAACUUGUCGCAAGUAAGAGGGCCCAGCACAAGUGGUCGGCUUCCGCCGGUGACAUUGAAGCUGCUUUCCUAAACGGAGAUGCUCUGGAAAGGGAACUAUAUCUUGCUCAACCCCGAACUGGAUUGCCUGGCAUGCACCCUGAACAAAUCCUCAAAAUCACUAAAGGCGUCUUUGGACUCCCUGACUCCCCGCGUAAAUGGUGGAAGAGACUUCGAAGCGACAUGCUAGGGAUCCGCAUUGUCCAUGAAGGCCAGCAGUACAAGCUCGUACAGAACCCGCUUGAUGCAUGUUUGUUUCAGCUCAUCAGGGAUACCACAUGUGACCAGCCCGACAUUGAUGGCGCUAAAACCGAAGAACCUGUUGGAUAUGUCGGCGUUCAUGUUGAUGAUCUCCUUGUGGUAGGAGGUCCCGUGUUCAGUCGAUUGAUCCGAGAAGCCCUUUCUGGCAUCUUCCCGGUCGGGGAGUGGCUCAUCGACGAUUUCGAUUAUUUGGGCUCACACAUCAAGGUCAACGAUGAGGGUGUCUUCUUUUCCCAAGAAGCUUAUGCGAGCAGCAGGUUGUUUGAAGUGCCCAUUAGCUCUGAGCAGAAAGACGAAGAACCAGCAACUGAAGAACAGCGUAUCGACAAUCAAUCGUUGGUCGGUGCCCUCAGCUGGCUGAGCUCGCAGUCCAGGCCUGACUUGCAAUGUUCAGUAUCGCUUGCUCAGCAACUACAGUCCUGUCCGAGCGUUGGUGACCUCCGCUUUAGCAAUCAGAUAGCGCGUAGGGCUUGGGAUCAUAGGGAUAAAGGGAUCUGGCUUAGACCUCUUAAUCUUGAUCAGCUCGAGUUUUUGGUCUUCCACGAUGCGGCGUGGGCGAACGCCAAGCUUUCUGGUGAGGAGGGUUUCAGAUUAUCGCAAGCUGAUCAUGAGCUCGGCACCAUGACUGGUAGCCCAUACGACUGGAAAGAGCGCAAGGCCAAGCGAGCGAACUCCAAUGUUGCUAGCCAGCUUGGUGUCCUGCUUGUCCUGACUGACACAGAGCAUUACCGCAAAGGAGGACAAGUCUGCAGCGUUUUAGACUGGAAGUCAAGUGCAACACAGCGCGUGUGUCGGUCCACCUUCGGGGCUGAAACUACUGGAUGCAUUGAAGCUGUCGAGACCGGACAGUACAUCCGCUCCUACGUUCAGACGAUUAUCACUGGCAAACUACAGCGAGUAGAGUCUCUUGCCGGCGGAAGGAUGAAAUGCAUCACUGAUUGCAAAAGCCUCUACGACCACCUUCAUAAAGAAGGUGUGCCGAAGAUUCCCACCGAUAAACGGUUAGCCAUCGACCUGUCCGCUCUUAGACAGAGUCUUGACCUUGAAAAGGCCAAUGAUCGCAUACCACUGUUUUGGUUGCCCACGGGCUUUCAACUUGCUGAUGUGCUCACUAAGCCGAAGGACUCUAGUCAGUGGUGGAACGAGAUCUAUGGCUCUUUUCGCUUGCCGUUCAAGUGUCUCGAGGCACGCUCGGAGGCUUUUGGUUCGAGGAAAAGAAGCGCGGCCGCAGAUGCGGCAGUCGAGGGUCGGCUCCUACCCCCAAGCUCUCGGCCACGGGCGCCAGCGAAUCAGCCUGCAACUCUCACUGCCUUCCGCCGACCCGGGGACGAUCGCAUCGAGGAGAUGCAGUGGCAGCAGGACGCCGCAGCGCUGCUGCCGCGGAUGGACAUGGAUACCGUCCGGAAGGAGCUGCCUAUCGUGCGGAGGGAAGCACCAGAAGCCGUGAUGGGGAACAACGAGUCGAUGGAGCGCGCCCUGGAGGCAUUCAAGAGCAUUGCAAGCUGCCUGUUGCCGGUGAUGUGCUUCGACACGACGCGUGAGGAGGGCAUCCGUGAGCGCCUGGUGCGCGAGUUCUCCACGUUGUUGCCGAAGCCACUGCGCUUGACAUGGCGGAGCACCGUCGAGCAGGUGCUGGAACAGCAGGGUUCCAACAGAACGAUUUGGAGGUGA